UUAGUUGACAAAUACUAGUAGUAAUAGUGAUAAUCAAUAAUAAAAUCAAUUUUUUUUUUAGUGAUAAUUGAAAAGUUCAUCAGUGGUUAACACAGACAGACAGACAGCAAACACAAUGGCCGACUGGGAUGAGGUGACAGUACUGAGAAAACGGCCGCAAAAAGCGUCGGCAAUGAAAACCCAAGCGGCCAUCAAUGCCGCCCAAAAACAAGGUAUACCCGUUGAGACCAGCAAGAAAUACGGUGCGGCCACCAACAAACAUCCGGUGACCAGUAUUAAUACGGCCAAAUUGGACAGGGAAACCGAGGAACUACAUCACGAUACUAUUGGCCAGGAAGUUUGCCGUAUUAUCCAACAGUGGCGCCAACAGAAAGGUAUGACUCAGAAGGAUUUGGCCACAAAAAUAUGCGAAAAGCCGCAAGUGGUCAACGAAUACGAGUCGGGUAAGGCCAUACCCAAUCAGCAAGUGUUGGCCAAACUGGAGCGGGCGUUGGGCGUGAAGUUGAGGGGCAAAGAAAAAGGUCAGCCGCUGGUACCGAAACCGGCGAAAAAGUGAUCAAUUGAUCCGAUAACCAGAAACCAAUGCCGUCGAUAACUACCAUACAUAUUGAAUUAAAUGAAGAUUUUUUUCUGUUUUUUUUCUUUUUUUGAUUUUAUUUACCAUAAGUUUUGUAAUUAAAUUAAUUAAUUAAUUAAUAACACUAUAAACUAUAUAAUAAUUAAUAGUUUGUAUAUUUGAUAUAUAUUUGAUUGCAAUUUCAUUCAAUUUUCUUCAAACAACAACA